UGUUUACAUUUUGAUUCCAAUUCUAAAUCAAGUUAAUCAUUGAGAUUAUUGGUGGAAUAUUUUGUUUAAUUCAUAUUCUUUUUUUUUGAUGUUAUUUUUACAUUCCAUUUCUGUUGAGUGACCACUAGAAACUGGACAGUGAAUUAGAUUCUGUUUAUCUCUUUCUGGUUGGUGUUUUCUUUCAAACGUUCUGGUUACCAACCAAAAGUAGAGAGACUAAUUUAUUAACCCAUUUUUAUUGGGUUAUCUCAUUUAUUUUCCUGUGUUAAUUAUGGUUUAAACUGUUGUUUUUUUCUCUAUUGAUUUGUGUUCUUUUGUUUGUUUUAUAGUUAUUUAUUUUUCUCCCAUAUUCAUUGAAAGGCAAUGAAUCUCACUGCCUUGUUAAAACAUGUCAUCUGUAUUUUAACUGUUGGAUUGAUCAAUUUAUUUCUAUUAACUAAUAGUUUCUCUGUGGAUAAAAAAUUGAUUUCUAUUCAAGCCAAUGGUUUAAUUACAGCUUUAGGUGAUUUUGAUUCGGACAAAUUAACGGACCUUUUUAUCAUUAGUCCAGCUCGUAAUUCAUUCCAGGUUUUGAGAGCAACCAAUAAACCCGAUUUCAUUUAUGAUUCUAAUCUUGAAUGUAAUGUUUCUGGACAUGGAGAGUCAAUUGUUGGCCUUAUACCGGGAGAUUUUUCGGGUAAAGCUUUUAUGGAUGUCGUUGUGAUCACUCGAGAUUCUGAUCAUUCAAUUGGUGAUAAUGAUCAGCUUAACCUUUACCUCGUACCUGGAGAUAGGAAUCACUUGGAGUGUCGUUACCUUAGAGAUAAAAUGUUUUUCGCUCAAGUUACUCACCAGCCUUUAGCAUUGGACUAUAAUGGUGAUAUGAUUGUCGAUCUAUUUGCUCGUGAUAUAAAUGGCCAACGAUAUAUUUACACUUCGAUUAAAGAAUCUAAUGUUACUCGUGUAAAUUUAACCAAUACCGAGAGUAAUAUUGGUAAAAUUCGUUCACCAAAUAGCAAUGGUUUCAUUGAUUUAAAUGGAGACUUUAGAAGUGAUCUUAUUAUCGAGAAUGAUAAAUCAAUGGAAUAUUGGUAUCAUUCGUCUGGUGGUUUCGUUAAAACUAAAGAAAUACCUUAUCCUAAUUAUAAAUUAAUUGGCCUAUCAACUCUCGCUGAUAUGAAUGGUGACGGAAUCGUUGAUCAUAUAUUACCUGUUUGUAGUGAUUCCAGUUGCUCAUCAACAUCAACCUUAUUAGCUUUAGAUGGAGCUAAAAAUGAAUGGUUCAUUGUAAAUGAUAAUUUUCCUGAUGUAUCAUCAUCAUCAUCAUCAUCAUCAUCACCUCCACCUCCUGGAUCAUCAUUACUAUUUUCUGUGGCUACAGAUGAUUCGGCGAAAUUUAUUUUCCCCUUAAAACUACGUCAAGCUGAUGUUGAUGGUGAUGGUUUUCCUGAUCUACUUGGAUUAAUGAAGUCAAAAGAUAAACCAAACAUUAAAGUGAUUAUAUUACAAAAUAUCAAGAACGCAACAAAUCCUCUUGGAAGAUCAUUUGUGCCUCGUUGGUUAAUCGAAGGUGGUUACGAGUCAACCAAUCUACCAAUUCUAACGGCCUGGGCUGAUAUAAGUGAAGAUGGUAAGGCUGACGUGAUAAUUAACUCGCAAGGUUCAGGCAAAUCUAAUUAUGCCAUAUCAGUGGUAUUAAAUGACCAAAUGUACGAUGCGUGUUUCCUCAAAGUUUUGGUUACCAGUGGUCUUUGUUAUGGUGACUGUCCAUCUAUUGAGAAAACAAUUGACGGAUCAGCACCAGCAUCUCCUAUUCCUUAUGGUACCAAUCAACCAGGUCCUGCAAUAACCUAUCAAUUAGUUGAUGCUUCUGGAAAUCGUCGAGCAGGAUUUGCUGGACAAUUAUCUCAAUCGUCCGAUUUUAGUUUACAAAUGCCCUACACAAUAUUUGGCCUUGGUCAAUUUCCCAAUUUUGUUGAUAACCUCACCGCUUCCAUACCUGCAGCGGAAGAUAAUUCUGUAAGAGUUAGUUCAUGGCUUCAAAUUGUUCCUGAUGCUCAGGUUGUUGUUAUCCCUUAUCCACCCAGUGAUCCAAAAAUAUGGCGAACCAAAUUAUUUAUUACUCCAAGUGACAUUGUCAUCUCAACCUUAAUCACCUUAACCUGUAUAUGUGUUGUUCUGGCUUUAAUUAUCCUCCUCCUCCACCGAAAAGAAGUACUUGAAGAUCUGGCAGAACACGAAGAAUACAAAAGACAUUGGCCUGAAAGCAGAUAAUUAACUAAUUACCACUAAUUGUAAUGAUAACAAUUCUAAUCUCUUACAAAACAAUGUUUUCUUUUCCUUUCUCUCUCUCUCUCUCUUUCCCUUCAUUGUAUUAGUAAUUUACUUUUAAACCAAAAAGAAAAACCUUAAGCCAAAUACAUAUACAAUAUUUCACUAAAUUAAAUUGUUCACCUAAUUAAUUGUAAUAGAAAAUAAAACAAAUUCCCUUCAACUAUUAA